AUGUCGCUUCAAGGAGAGCGACCAAACUUCGCGGCACUCCUUCCCUUGAUGAACAGCUCCGAACACGCCCUUUUUGGACCCGGAAUACGAGAAUGUGAACGGAUGACGCUGACGUCAUCGGCUCAAUGUUGCUUGGCGACGUCAUUGCAUGAGCUUCGUAUGUCGUCAAGUCGUUCCUUCCUGUUCUUGCGCAAGACGCGGCGCUUCUCAUGCACUGCGCUAGUCUGCUUACCACACGUCGCAUGCGACGUGUUUGCUGUUUUUUCUUCAUUCCUUGUCAUAGAGUUCCAGUUUCCGGGCCAGUUCUCAGGCACGCAAAAUGUCGUCUUUGAAAUCGCCACAUGGUUACGCAAAUAUCCUCAAUUUCAUCUGCAAAGAGAUUUUGUCAUAGCUCUCCAAGAUGCCACUAUUUUCGUUCAUUCUCUUGUCCGUACGCAUCAAGUUUUGCUUCAGUUUAGUUAG